AUGGCUCCCGCAAACUCGCUGCCCGCCUGGGCCGAGCUCCAGGCACACCGUGACAGCGUCGGCAAGAACUUUGUUCUCAAGGAGGCCUUCGCCUCGGACCCCGACCGCUUCGACCGCUUCGCACGCACCUUUGAGUCGUCCGGAGUCUCGGCCGAUAUCCUCUUCGACUUUAGCAAGAACUUUGUCACACAGGAGACUCUUCAACUGCUGGUCAAGCUGGCCAAGCAGGCGGGCAUCGAAAGCAAACGUGACGCCAUGUUUGCCGGCAAAAACAUCAACUUCACCGAGAAUCGGGCCGUCUUCCACACGGCCUUGCGCAACGUCUCGGGCGUGGAGAUGAAGGUUGACGGCAAGGACGUCAUGAACGUUCCCGGAGGCGUAAACGACGUUCUCAAGCACAUGAAGGAGUUUUCGGGCCAGGUCCGCUCCGGCGAGUGGAAAGGCUUCACGGGCAAGAAGCUCACGACCAUCAUCAACAUUGGCAUCGGCGGCUCCGACCUCGGGCCGGUGAUGGUGACCGAGGCCCUUAAAAAAUACGGCGCCGAGGAUAUGACGCUGCACUUUGUCUCCAACAUUGAUGGCACCCACGUGGCCGAGGCCCUCAAGAGCUCGGAUCCCGAGACGACGCUCUUCCUCAUCGCCUCCAAGACCUUCACGACGGCCGAGACGACGACGAAUGCCAACACGGCCAAGUCCUGGUUCGUCGAAAAGACGGGAGGCAAGGGUGACAUUUCCAAGCACUUCGUCGCCCUUUCCACCAACGAGGCCGAGGUCACCAAGUUUGGCAUCGACAGCAAGAACAUGUUUGGCUUCGAAAGCUGGGUCGGCGGCCGCUACUCGGUCUGGAGCGCCAUUGGCCUCAGCGUCGCCAUCUACAUUGGCUACGACAACUUCCACAAGUUCCUCAGCGGCGCCCAUGCCAUGGACCAGCAUUUCCGCACGGCGCCGCUCGAGCAGAACAUCCCCGUUCUGGGUGGCCUGCUGAGCGUAUGGUACUCGAACUUUUUCCAGGCCCAGACGCAUCUCGUCGCUCCCUUCGACCAGUAUCUCCACCGCUUCCCGGCCUAUCUGCAGCAGUUGUCGAUGGAGUCGAACGGAAAGUCGAUUGCCUCCGACGGCUCUGCCGUCAAGUACACGACGGGUCCCAUUCUCUUCGGCGAGCCCUGCACCAACGCGCAGCACUCCUUCUUUCAGCUCGUCCACCAGGGCACCAAGCUCAUCCCGACCGACUUCAUCCUCGCCGCGCGGUCGCACAACCCGACAUCGAACGACGUGCACCAAAAAAUGCUCGCGUCCAACUACUUUGCCCAGGCGGAGGCGCUCAUGGUCGGGAAAACCGACGACCAGGUGCGGGCCGAGGGCACCAAGGACGAUCUCGUCCCCCACAAGCGCUUCCUCGGCAACCGACCUACCACGUCCAUCCUCGUUGGCGGUACGAUUGGACCGGCCGAGCUGGGCGCACUCAUCGUCUACUACGAACACCUUACCUUUACCGAGGGUGCCAUCUGGGACGUCAACAGCUUUGACCAGUGGGGCGUCGAGCUGGGCAAGGUGCUGGCCAAGAAAAUCCUCAAGGAGCUGGACGACAAGGGCAAUGGCGAGGGGCACGACGCCUCGACCAGCAACCUCAUCGGCGCCUUCAAGAAAUACGCCAAGAUGUGA